AUGGGUAUCAAGGGUCUGACGGGUCUCCUCAGCGAGAACGCACCAAAGUGCAUGAAGGACCAUGAAAUGAAAACAGCAAGUCUCUAUCCUUGCCCUCUCUUUGGGAGAAAAGUUGCCAUCGACGCGUCCAUGUCGAUCUACCAGUUUCUCAUUGCCGUUCGCCAACAAGAUGGCCAAAUGUUGAUGAAUGAGAAUGGCGAUGUCACCAGUCAUCUUAUGGGUUUCUUCUAUCGUACUAUCAGAAUGGUAGAUCACGGUAUCAAACCAUGCUAUAUAUUUGAUGGAAAACCUCCAGACCUCAAGGGCAGUGUCCUCGCCAAGCGUUUCGCCGGCCGUGAAAAGGCCAAAGAAGGAGAGGAAGAGGCGAAAGAGACGGGCACAGCGGAAGAUGUCGACAAGCUUGCGCGAAGACAAGUGCGAGUCACUAGAGAGCAUAAUGAGGAGUGCAAGAAGCUCCUGACGCUCAUGGGUAUCCCUGUCGUUACUGCUCCUGGCGAAGCGGAAGCCCAAUGCGCGGAACUGGCCCGUGCCGGUAAGGUAUAUGCCGCUGGCUCCGAGGACAUGGAUACACUCACCUUCCAUUCCCCUAUCCUCUUGCGACACUUGACCUUCAGCGAAGCCAAGAAGAUGCCUAUCUCUGAGAUCAACCUCGAAGUGGCGAUCCGCGACCUUGAAAUGACUAUGGAUCAAUUCAUCGAGCUCUGUGUGCUUCUCGGCUGCGACUACCUCGAGCCGUGUAAAGGCAUUGGACCCAAGACCGCCCUUAAGCUCAUGCGCGAACACGGCUCUCUCGGCAAGGUCGUCGAACACAUCCGAGGCAAGAUGGCUGAGAAGGCUGAAGAGAUCAAGGCAGCUCAAGAGGAAGAAGCGGAAGCAGAGGGUGAAGCCGAAAUAUACGAAUCUGAGCCAGAGAGCGAGGAAGGUGGAGAGACAGUAAUGAACUCGGAUGGAGAGGAGGUUCCGGGUUCAACACCCCCAAAAAAGACACCCAAGAAAAAGGCGCCGGUGAAGAAGAAGAAGGUCGGAAGCGCAGGAAUGCAGAUCCCAGAGUUCUGGCCCUGGGAGGAGGCGAAGCAGUUGUUCAUCAAACCCGACGUGAUCAAGGGAGAUGAUCUUCCCCUGGAAUGGAAAGCGCCAGAUGUCGACGGCUUGGUUGACUUUUUGUGCCGCGAUAAAGGAUUCAACGAAGAGCGAGUCCGCGCUGGUGCGGCUAAACUCACAAGGAUGCUUACAGCCAAGCAACAAGGUCGCCUUGACGGCUUUUUUACUGUCAAGCCCAAGCCCAAAGACGCCGAAAGUUCGUCCAAAACCAAAGGCAAGCCUACCGCGAAGGGCAAAGACACGAAAAGAAAGGCAGAGGAGAAAGAUGGGCCGAAGAAGAAGGGCAAGAAGUAG